AUGGGUGCACGUAAAGAAAAUUAUGCCCAAAGAAGUCGCAAGCUGAGCUAUGUUGGACCGCUCGACCAGUGAUGAAGAUGAGAUAAAGAGCGAACUGGGACGUUACCGCGUUGUGUCUGCGUCAAGUCAACAGUUUACUGGAGCAACAGGUCGCAUUUGCGAACUGCGUGGCAGCGGUUCUGGAAAAAUUGAGGAAGCUACAGCCGAGUGAUCAAUAUGCACACACGGUGCAGUUAUUAGGGUAUUAUUUCUUAGGUUUAAUUGUAUAAUUCUAAACUGUUAUGCAGUACUAAAACAUAAUGGAUCGACAUUAUUCAUCUUUAUAUAUUUAUGAUCUGUUACAGUACCUGAAGAAGUGGAGAAUUUACAAUUUAAAGAUAUAAAGUAAUUCUUUCUCGGCAAUUUUUUGAAUCUCUGUUCUUUUUACUAUUUUGGACUAAAUUUUUCAACGUUGACAAACGUGUUACAUUUCUUACAGCGCCGUCGAAGGGUGUCACCGGUCUGAAAGCUGUGUAUCGAUAACAACAUCCAGCGUCGAGGUUCGCUGAAACAUGGUCGACGAGGUGUAUCGGAGCGGUGAUCACGAGACUGGUGGUUAUCGUGUCGUUUAUCAGCCGGUAUCGGAUUUCCCGCCUCUUCAGGCACCGCCGAAAGAAGAGAUUCUGGGAAUUAAUGCAACGAAAAUGGUUUUAAGCGACUUGACGGAGAACCAAUAUUACGAGAUUGUCGCGCGACCAUUUAAUUCCGAAGGCGAGGGCCCGUCCAGUCCGCCCCGGUGUUACUGUGUACGUACGUGAGAGGCAGUCCCUACACAGGAGAAGCUCGGCAUCUAAAAGCCGAAUCUAUCCCUUCCACCGAGGUCCACUUGCGUUGGAAACGCCUCCUCAGGCCAAUAUGCAAAAUGGCGAUUUAUUAGGAUACAAGGUAAUUGUUCGCUCAGUUACAAAACAGUUAUCGCUUUUAUAAAUUCAAUAAUUAUAAUCGCGAAAAAUUCAUAAACCUUUGUUUUACCUGUGAAGAUUAAUAGAUUAAUUAUUGAAAAUUGACACUACAGUAUUA